AUGACUGAUCAAACAACCUAGCGCAGCGGGGGCGGGGGCGGUCUGCUGGGCGAGCGGGCGCGCUCGCGGUCGCGCAGCGAGAGCCGCGAGCGGGAGCGGGAGCGGGAGCGCGCGGCGACGGCGCCGUCGGCCGGCGGCCGCGAGCGCGAGCACGCGCGCCACGCCAAGGAGCGCGCCCACCAGGCCAAGGAGCAACAACAGCAGCAGCAGCAGCAGCAGCAACAAGAGGAGCAGCGCGGCAACAACGCCAGGGCGCCCAGCGCCAGCGGCAGCAGCGGCCCCGCGGCCGUGCUCUCCUCGCUCUUCAGGCACCGCGGGGGCGCGUCCUCCAAGCGGCAGCCGGCGGCGUCGGCGCAGCGCUCCCCGGCCGACGACCCCAUGGCGGCGGUGCACUUCACCUUCCAGCAGCAGGCGGAGCGGGAGAAGCAGAAGAAGGAGCCCGAGCCCGACUGGAUGUUCAUCCCGCUCACCGACCCCAACGACCCGCCGCCGCCCCCGCUCGAGGGCGAGGGCGAGACGCUGCGCACGCGGCCGCGCCCAGGGGAAGAGACGGCGCCUGAGCUGCCGUCGGAGUCUGUGAUGCUGCCGGCGCCGGCGCCCCUCGCCGGCGCCUCGCCGCGGGACAGCGCGACGCGCAGAGCGCCGGACCCGGUGCGAGUGCAUGGAUGUGCAAAGCAAGAUGGUGGUCGCAGGGAGCGGGGCGCGCGGCGGCGCGGCGCCGGCCACGAGGCAGCAUCCGAGGCCACGGCGCGGGAGGCCGCGCGCGAGCACGCGAGGGAGCAGCUGCUGGAGCGACUCGUCGGCACCGUCGCCGAGAUCGGAGAGCCCGUGGUGAGCGACCCGGAGGCUUCUUCGGAGCGUGAGCUGGCGGCGGAGGCUGCGCCCUCGCCCGCGCCGUCGCCCGCGCCCGCGCCAACGCCCACGCCCACGCCCACGCCGGCGCCCGCGCUGUCGCCCCCGCCAGCGGAGCCACAGGAGGGCGAUCUAGCUCGGGGAGAAGACGAGGCCAAGCCGGCGGCGGAACAACAACAGCAGCAGCAGGCACAGGAGGACGAGGAGGACGACGAGGACGAGCUUUUACGCUGUCAUAUCUUCUUCUAUAAAAUAUCUUUGAAAAUAGGAAUUUUGCAGUAAGACGACGCCAAGCCGGCGGCGGAACAUCAGCAGCAGGCACAGGAGGACGAGGACGACGACGAGGACCGCGUGAGCAGCGGGGUGUCUCCGCCGCCGCCUCCGCUGCCGCCGCGCCGCACGCCGGGGCUGGCGCCGUCGCCGUCUCCACCGGCCGUGGGCGUGGGCGCGGGGGCGGCGUCGCCCGGGGCGGUGGGCGGCGGGUGGGUGAACCUGGAGGAGCUGCCCGAGCGCCGACGGCCGCCGCGACGCAUCCAGACGCUGCCGGCGGCGCGCGCCGCCCCCGCCGCCACGCACGCCCACGCCCACGUUCACGCGCACGCCCACGCCCACGCCCACACGCUCGACAACGACCACGCCAAGCGACUCGUCGGUGGAGCUGUGCGGGCCCCUUCCCGGGCCCCUGGGCCCGGCGGCGGCGACAGCGGCGACGCCGACGUCUCCGAGGUGACGGCUGCCUGCCGGCCCUUCGGGCGCGGGACUCGACGACGAGACGGGCAGCCCCGAGGCGCUGUCCCCGCCGGCCACUUCGGGCAGCCGUUAGCCCGCGCGGCCUCGCUGUCAGACGGCGCUGGCGGCGCUGGCGAUGGUGGCGCUGGCGGCGGCGGUGGCGGCGGCGUACGCGACGCGCUGCUGGCGCUGCUGGUGGUCGCCGACGGAGUGCGCUGCGCAUGCGCUGUUCGCCGAGCUUUGAAAGCAAUGGUCUCCACUGAAGAUGGGAAAGCAUGAUGUAGCUAUACGUCGAUUUGAAAUUUCGAGUUUCUUCUGAAGUGUAAUCAGCUGGAACGCGAUUAUCCAAUCGAGUGUUUUGUUACGACUUAAUUUUGGGGAUUGAAGUUACGGAUUGGAUAACCGCGAUCCAGAUCGUCGCUCUUCAAUAGUCGCUCUGUUUAAAUAAGAGACCAUACGAGGUGAAAUUGUCAUUUAGAAAGCGGGGAACAUUUUAAUGGUGGCUUUUGAACUGACGUCACACGUUGUUGAUAGUGCGCAUAUUCAAACGAAAUUGCAUUUGAAGUAACCGGGGUUCCGAGGCUGUCACCCAUCCAGGAAUGCGUGAUGUCUCGAGAUGCUUAACGUCCGUGACUUCACGACGCACAUUUGAGUAAUUCGGCCGUACGCCAACUUAAGUUUGAAAUUGGUACCUGGUGACAGUGACGCAUGUGUACAACUGACUGGUACCAGUGCUGUAACAGCACCCCAUUGCUUUUCCUUACGUCAAUUCGCCUCCCGGCAUUGCCGUGGAAACGCGACUUCGCAAAAUUUCACUUCGUAGAGUUACAUCAUGCUGAAAUGGCACGGCAAGGGCGAGUUUUUCGCGCAGCGUGAAGCAAGAGAUCGUAUGCGCUAGGCAUCUCCUUCGGAGCGUGUGCAUAAAAAAUAACGUUACUGUAGUUAAAUCGCGGUACAUGUACAAUAAACGUUUAGGAAGUGAAAGUGAUUCUAACUUGCAACGGCACACUGUGCCGGCUUUGCUAAACUAGUCACUUUAUCAAACAAAUGCGAAACGAAUAUAAAGACCACUAGGUUUUGUAAUUACGAGAAACUAACAGUAUCUCUGCCAUCACAAUUCGGAAGUACACCCCCCCCUAACGACUUACGUAAUCAGCUCAUGAAACGUUUAAUGGUCACGUGAUUACCUCUUGGUGGUUUACGCUAGCUACGUUCGCGCUGUGGAAAAACUCGCUUCAAACUGUGAUACAUUCACGGAUGCUGUUCCCAUGUGAGAGUCCCAUAAAUGCUCAGUAAGACAACGUUGUUUUAUCUGCACCGUAUUACCCGUACGGUUAAACACGAGUCUCUACGACCCGAACCUUGCGGGUUAAAUGCAGGUUAACAAUGCCUGGCAACUGAUUUGCUUUAGGAUUUAUUUUCGUGGUUGACCGUAUGCUGAACAUCGGAGCAAACUUAUAUCAGAUACAGUUUUACCUGUGAGAUUGAGAGUUGUUUCUUUAAGCAGGUCAAACAUAUAGUUCGCGUUCAGCGUACGAUUAAGUACUAAAAGCGUCUCUACGGAGAAAAAUUUGCACUUUAAUCUCAACUCCAGAAGCUGUUCAGUUGGCAUGAAAUCCACGAAUGUCGAAGUUAUUAGUCGACGAGGGGUUUCUUACAUAUAUUUUUCUCAAAAAGGUUCAUUAUGUAUCUUCAGAUUCACCAGGGCGUAUUAACAGUAAUUAAUUCCAAAUAUUAUAUGCGUGUAAUAUAAUUCUUCUCAUUAUUGCACUGUGAUUAUCUAUGUCAUCGCAUACGUUUUGCAAGAAACGACUAUUAAUGGUUAUGGUGUCAUUCAUGAUAAUCACAUCUGUCACAUACAGUUUUUACUGUUCUUUGGCAAAAUAAAUCAAAUCAAAUCAUAUCUAUUUUUAUUAGAACCAAAGUAGUAAACCAUUUUUAGAGAUUCAUUGCCCUGUUGUUUCUGGAGAGACGAAUUUUUCGGAUUUCAAUUAUUCAGCAAAACGGGGUAUAUGUUUAAUAUUUUUGAAUCCCGUUAGAACCGUAGUGUAAAUUUUUCUCCCGACACGGCGAACUGUGCAGUUUAUUCACACGUUUUGUCUGUACAAUUGGUGGAAAGUGUCCCUAUCCAGUUGCACUAAGUGGAGAUCAAAGCUACAGACCCACCAAGGCCACCUGGCGACCUCCAAACGCCUGCUGCCGGCCGUCAAGGCCUGCUGCCUACAGCUCGCUGACUGCCAACACCUGUCGUUCGCCCGUUGCCGAACUCUCAACCGCCAAAGCCGCAUCAAGAAGCGAUUCUCCGCACCCAAGAGCCGUCGUGUGUGCUGGAGAAAGACGAACUCUUUGACUGGUCAAGUGGACCACGUAUUCAGCAUCUUGGACCGUUUCAUCCUUCGUGAAUGUCCUUGACGAAUCGCUCUCCAUGAGGUGGAGAAGGAACGAGUGAGAAAGAAAAGUGAACCGUCGAUUUUGUUUCGUGGCUGUCGUCUGAUUGGUCGUCACUCACGAGCUUCGUGAGUUGUCGUUGUUGUUUGUUUGUUUUUCAAUUUAUUUUAUUCGAAGCAAGUGAUCCGAAGAGUUUAAUGCUUGAAUGUGCAUCUUCCGAUAAUUGGACAGUUUUCUGAUGAAGUUGCAUAGACAUCGCUGUUCGAUCGACGGUUCCGCAGGUUUGGGGCAUUAGAACAAUGUAAGGUUUAUAAUCACCGGGAAAGUUACAUUGCAUGGUUGACGUCAAGUACGUGCCCACGAAAACGAAAGCUUUGUUACUGGUAAUAUGGAUCUGCUUGUUGGAGAUUUUUCACACGUUGAAUGUGACUCAAUCCAAAGUCCUGUUCAGAGGAAGUAACAAUUGAAUCUGACAGGUGAUUUGAAAGAAACAUAAGGAAUAUGUGUUUCAUGUGUUCAAUACAGAAAUGCUGUUUUUUAGUAAAUCCCCCGUCGGAGAUAUUACCUGCAAUUUGACCAUAAUGUAUUUUCCACCAUACCUAAUGCCAAUCUCAUUUAUGACUCCCGUUUUCUUGUACCGUUUCACAGAAUUUCGUCUACGACGUAUACUCUUCCUGAGAAACACAUUCUUAUACAGACCUUGCCAUGACCUAAUCAGUCCAUAUUUCUUUUCCUUUCCCUUUUAUCGAAAGUUAGUAACUACACUUUCUCAUAUCAGCUUUGAACUGUACUACUAAUUCAUUACCAGAAUUGCAAGGUCAUUCCAUAUAUUCAAAACCUAUUAAACACCCACUUUCGUGUCACUUUUAUAUUUACCUUCCAGUUUCCUUCUUUCAAAUAGAACCAAUUGUAACACUGAUGAGGGAUAGUCUUUUGACAUGUUUUUCUCUACAAGCAGAAUCCAAAUGAAGUUUGAUGGUUGAUCCUGCUGGCUGUGUAAGAGGCAAAAGUUGUAUGUUUAAUAUUUAAAUAUUCGCAUGUUACACAGACACGAUUAUAAAAUGUGAUCCCUUAUAUGUGCCACACUGUCUCGUUACAUUAUAUUCCUUGUCAUAUUCUAUUUAAUGAACACAUAAAAUUGACGCAAACGUAUGCUAUACCUAUGUAAUUUUCUUGAUUUUUAUCGGAGACAUACUGCAUACAACUUUCCAGUGCCUCGUUUUGAAGAUGUAGAUUCUUGCUUCCUGAUAGUGUAUUUGGUAUUAGGAAGUAAAGAUAUUAUGUUGUAGCAUAAUAUAUAUUGUUUCGGUCAGUCCCACGUCUAAGAUAUCUGGAUAAAUAAUUUAAAAUAUCCGCAAGGAAAUAAGUAUUGAGUGAAGGAAAACAUGAAAAAACCAAAUGCAAAUGCACUUCACAGUUCUUUCAAAUUGCGAAUGAGACUCAAUUCAAAUAAGAGAACCGUGUUACAACACUGCCACAAUGUUCUAUCCAAACAUUGCAUCAAAUUUAUGGUAAAUAAUAUUUCAUUCACCGUACUUAAACUUCUUUUGCAGUAUUUUUAUCGUACGCGUGUUGCAUAGUGUAAGGAAGUGUGAUGAAAUAAUUCAGAAUUCUAAAAACUAAGAAUUCAAUUACACUACGUUUAAUUCCUUUCCAAAGUGUCUCUGAAAACGUGAAACGCAUUUUCUACACACAUUAUUCUGCAUAUUUCAAUCAUAUAAAGUUUUACCCUCCUUUCUGAAUUUCCAGUUGUAAGUAAGGAACCCGAUAUUUUGGAUGGAGGCUUGACCUGAAACCACAGGACUGAGAAUGGUUGUUUUAGUAACAAUAAGGAGAGCGAUCGUCAUUUGUCGGCAUCUUACGCCGCCAUAUUACAAGUCUCGUUGACACCAAUUUAUCCAUAUUAUAUAUCGCUAUUAUGACAUACGAGAGCCAUUAGGCUGUCGUAAGGCACUGUCCACUGCGGUUUUGUCGGUCCGUUCCGUUGGUAAACCUGUCGAAUGUGGCAGAUAGUAGCCCCCAUUUGGACCAAACAAACUUGUGCCAUGUUCCUUCCAAAAACAUUUCCCUUCACUAGAGUACUGUGUAUUAUCCUGUUCAUAAAGACUGUUACGAAAAUGAAGGUUUAUUGUUUCAUACUGUUAUUGCUUUUAUUGUUAAUGAUUCAAAAUCAAAGGAGUAGCUACGCCAGAGUGAAAUUAACGAAACGCAUCUCGCUGGUGUGGUGUUUUAGGGAAGUUGGGAAUCUUGUUAUUACAAGUUUGUUGCUUGCUACAAGUAGACGCGAAAAAGUCGAGCUUUUGAGCUUUAGCAAAGAAGUAGGUAGCAUACUAUUUUCUUGUUUGCAGACAGGAAAAUGUGUAUUUAAGAAGACACACUAGUGGGUCGGUAAAGAAUGUUGAGAUAGAGGGUAUAUAUUAAAUAACGGAAGGGAGUAAUUUUUGAAGUCGACAAGAAGAAAGUAAUACAUUUGAGAAGUAGUGAUAAAAGGGCCAGCAAUAAAUUUAAUGUCCUCAUUAAAAUAAUAUCAGUUAUGAGACGGGUGCAUGUAGCAAUAAAAUAAAAUGAACGCUUUAUAAAUGUUCCAAAUAUUAAUAUAAUAAAUGCUUCAUUGGAGCUAAGAAUAUAAAUCAUCAAUUUUUUUAAAGUAUGAGGCUCUACUUGUUCUUGAUGAGUAAUUGAAACUGCUUUAUUUUGCGGAAAAUGACGAAAUGUUGAAUGAUUGAUACCUAUAAUUAUAACUCAAGGAAAAAUCACAUAACGUAAGUUCUCGAACAUUGUGUAUGCUCUUACAAGUUCAUGUUAACGAGUCCUUCAAAUUUACUAUCAUUGUGUAUUAUCUACUGCAUGUUCUUUAAGAAGGAUAUUUUUAAAACCGCAAAUAAUGCUACUUAGUUCAUUGGGAAAGAAAAAUUAUCAUUAUUUAUAAGUACAUGUAUUUUGAAUUUUUAACCGUGCAAAUUUCUGCAAUUCCACAACUUCGAAUUUCUUUCAUUGAAAAAUACUUACUUUUAGUUAAUUAUCGUCAUUUUUCUUCUCAUAGUAAAGCGUGAGUUAGAAGUCGUUGAAUGUCAUAACACGUUAACGAUUAGACACCUUCUGAAACAGCACCGUGUACAAGUGGAUAUUUGCAGUAUUUAUCUUUUUGUUUUAUUGCUCUUACCCAUAAGCUUGAGUUCAUUACACUUCUAAAAUAUUUAAAAAAUUCUUAUCAAUAUCGAUAGAUAUUGACUUCUGCCAUAAUAAUUUUAAGAUACAACUACAUUUAGUUAUUACUUUGUAUUCUUAAAGUAUAGAUCAUUGUAGUGCUAAUUUUCUUUUUGAAUUAAGUAACAUUAAAAUAGGUUUUUGAUUCGAGGUCUUUACUAUUCAUCGAUAUAAAAGAAAUGGGUUGGAUGAAUUUGAUAUUCUGAACUCAUUCAAAAAACCAAUCACUGAACUCUCUUAUUACAUUCACUUAUCCUUCACAUAAUAAAAAUUGAAGUUUAAUUGGAUUCGAAAGCUGCUAUGUAACUGAAAUUUAUUCCUAAAACAAUAGAGCAACAAAUUAAUAUUGGAACAGUUCAAAAUCUAAAUGAUAGUUGCGAGAAACAAUAUGCCGAUUUUCAUAUAACAUCAUUAAUCCAUCAUAUCCAUUUCCGAUGCACUGCGUCGUUAAUAAAAUGGCGUUUAUGUGCACAAAUCAUAAUGUCUUGUUUU